AUGGGCAGUAGAGUGAUGAAGUUAUCACAGAAGCUACCAUUCUUAGCAACAUUCUUGUGCAUAUGCCUCAAUACAGCCACUAUCACUAUUGCUUCUAGUGCCAAUGAAAGACAGGUAUACAUUGUGUACAUGGGAGAAGUGCAAGAGGAGAGAACAAUAUUGAUGGAUGCACACCACAGCCUUCUUACUGAAACUAUUGGAGAUGAAAAGAUAGCUAGGGACAGUAAGAUACAUAGCUACGGAAGAAGCUUCAAUGGGUUCGCAGCCCGACUGCUGCCUCACGAAGCAGAGUUACUGUCCAAAAAAGAAGGCGUUAUCUCAGUAUUUCCUAAUAGAGUGCAGCAUCUCCUCACGACGAGGUCGUGGGAUUUCAUUGGGGUGCGUAAAGAACUGAAGAGAAAUUAUCUCAUCGAGAGCAAUAUAAUAGUUGGUCUACUUGACACAGGUGUGUGGAUUGAAUCCAAAAGUUUCAACGAUAAAGGGUUAGGACCUCCUCCAAGGAAAUGGAAGGGCACUUGUGUAAAAGGUGUAAACUUCACAGGUUGCAACAAAAAGGUGAUCGGGGCACAAUACUUUGAUAUUAACCAGCGUAUUACACCGGAAGAGGCUACCCCAGUGGACACUGAAGGGCACGGCACCCACACAGCAUCCACCGCAGCUGGCAUAGCUGUGGAGGGUGCAAGCCUAUACGGCAUUGGAGAAGGCACUGCACGUGGUGGAGUGCCAUCUGCUCGUAUAGCAAGUUACAAAGUGUGUUGGGGAAUCGGGUGCGAGGAUGUAAACAUCCUAGCAGGAUUCGAUGCAGCCAUCGAUGAUGGAGUGGAUAUUAUAUCAGCAUCUAUAGGAGGGAUGGCGAGAAGUCUAACUCAAGAUCCUAUAGCUAUUGGAUCAUUCCAUGCAGCUAAGAAAGGAAUACUUACAGUGUGCGCGGGAGGGAAUGAAGGGCCCGAUAUGGAAACAAUCCAGAAUGUUGCGCCAUGGAUCCUAACAGUGGCAGCUAGCACCACCGACAGGAGGCUCGAGGCCAUCGUCAAGUUGGGGAAUGGAGACACCAUUUCUGGGAUGGCAAUUAACACGUAUGAGCCUCAGAAGGAAUUCUACCCUUUGACAAGCGGCGCUCAUGCAGGAAAUGUCAGUGGAGAUAUUUUGGGAAAUGUCAGUGCCUGUGACAUUGGGACACUGAGCGCAGACAAAGUGAAAGGGAAGAUUGUGUUUUGCCAGGGAGCAGGUUCCGAAACUAUCAUCCAAGAUCUGGGAGGCAUCGGCACCAUCAUGACCUACAAUGACAACCCCGACUUUGCAGCCGCUCCAGCUACCAUGGGAAGCUAUGUCAGUUUUGGAGGUGGUCAAAGAAUUGAAAAGUACAUCAACUCCACAAGUUCAGCACAAGCUGUCAUAUACAAAACAAGGGCUGUCAAUGCAGUGGGGCCGGCCAUAGCUUCCUUUUCAUCUAGAGGACCUCAAGCAUUAUGCCCUGCCAUACUCAAGCCCGAUCUCGCUGCACCUGGAGUCAACAUAUUGGCGGCCUACUCAGGACUCACGACACUUACUGGACAAGAAGAUGAUCAAAGAGUGGUAGAUUAUAACAUAGCUUCCGGGACAUCAAUGGCUUGCCCACAUGUCUCCGGCGCUGCUGCCUUUGUCAAAUCCUUCCAUCCAAACUGGUCACCUGCUGCUAUCAAAUCAGCUCUGAUGACCACAACCAAAAGAAUGAAGAUAAAGCCAGUGGGGGCUGAAUUAGCAUCAGGAUCUGGACUAAUCCGUCCAAUGGCAGCAUUGCAUCCCGGCCUGGUUUAUGAUGUUGACACAACCUCCUAUCUAAGUUAUCUCUGCAAACAAGGCUACAAAGACAGUGACAUUGCUCUGCUAAUGGGAAGCAAAAGUUUUAACUGCUCAAAUAUUCCACAAGCGAAAGGAGCAGAUGGCCUCAACUAUCCUUCAAUGCACGUCCAAGUCAACAGUACCGAAUCCACCAUCUCGGCCACAUUUUACCGUGAGGUGACUAAUGUUGGAUUUCCCAUAUCGGUAUACAAAGCUACAGUUAAGCCUCCAAAGGGUCUUUCCAUCUCAGUGACACCAGACAUUUUGAUAUUUAAUCACCUUUACCAGAAGUUGUGCUUCAAAGUGACAGUGACCGGCGGGUUCAGCCUCAGAAAGUCAUGGUAUCUCUCCGGGUCAUUAACCUGGACUGACUUCAGGCACCGUGUAAGAAGCCCUAUAUUUGUUUCCCCCUAUACAACUUUGUAUAGUUAA